AUAUUUUAUGAAUUAAAAUGUCGCCGUUUUGAUUUUUUAAUAAAUCGCACUAGUCACGUUGGGCCGAGCAGCGGAGCUAGAGUGGUGCUCGCGGAGGACUCUUUUCAGUGCACACUGAGCCAAAAAUGUCGUACAGCGGUGACAGGAGAAAUGACGAGUAUGAGGGGGGUCCAGGGAAGAACGGACCUGCUGAGGUCUACGAUGGCCCCGCCGGGAUGAACCCUGACGGAAUCAUUGAGUCUAACUGGAAUGAGGUGGUUGACAAUUUUGACAACAUGAAGCUGAAAGAGGAGCUGCUGCGUGGAAUCUACGCCUAUGGUUUUGAAAAGCCAUCGGCCAUCCAGCAGCGCGCCAUCAUGCCCUGCGUUCAGGGCCUUGACGUUAUCGCCCAGGCCCAGUCAGGUACUGGUAAGACUGCUACGUUUUCGAUAUCCAUUCUGCAGCAGAUCGACACGUCACUCAACGAGUGUCAAGCUCUUAUCCUUGCACCCACGAGAGAACUUGCCCAGCAGAUCCAGAAGGUUGUGAUCGCUCUGGGCGAUUUCAUGAAGGCCAACUGCCAUGCUUGCAUUGGAGGCACCAACGUGCGAGAGGACAUUCGACGGCUGGAGUCGGGUGCUCACGUGGUGGUCGGAACUCCCGGCCGUGUCUACGACAUGAUUAGCAGGGGAGCCCUCAGGACAAACUACAUCAAAAUUUUCGUUCUGGAUGAAGCCGAUGAAAUGCUGUCCAGAGGAUUCACUGAGCAAAUUCACGACGUUUUCAAAACCCUGCGAUGCGCUGACGUCCAGGUGAUUUUGUUGUCGGCGACAAUGCCUGAUGAUGUGCUCAGCGUGAGCAAGUGCUUCAUGCGCAACCCGGUGCGCAUCCUUGUCAAGAAGGAGGAGCUGACAUUAGAAGGUAUUAAGCAGUUCUUUGUGAACGUGGAGCGUGAGGACUGGAAACUGGACACCCUUUGCGAUCUUUACGAUACUCUUUCCAUUACGCAGGCGGUUAUUUUCUGCAACACCCGCCGCAAGGUCGAUUGGCUGACUGAGAACAUGCACCACCGAGACUUCACGGUGUCUGCUAUGCACGGAGACAUGGACCAGAAGGAGCGUGACGUCAUCAUGCGGCAAUUCCGUACCGGCUCGUCCCGCGUCCUCAUCACCACUGAUCUGCUGGCCAGAGGUAUCGAUGUCCAGCAGGUGUCCCUCGUCAUCAACUAUGACCUUCCCUCAAACCGAGAAAAUUAUAUUCACAGGAUCGGUCGAGGUGGUCGUUUCGGUCGUAAAGGUGUGGCCAUCAACUUUGUGACGGCUGAGGAUAAGCGCACGCUUAAAGACAUUGAGCAGUUCUACAACACGGUGAUUGAGGAAAUGCCUAAGAACGUGGCUGACCUCAUCUAAGAGCAAAAGAGAGAUAAACAGUCAGAGUGAAUGAACGAAUGCAGAAGCAAAAACAUAAAUAAAAAAAAAAUUCCAACCGGGUGGGCCACGGGGGAGCCCAAGCGCCCGUCGGGAUCCUCUAACCACCUCCACUUACUGUCUAUUUCCUCUGUCUCUCCUCUUGAUGAUUUUUUUUGUAAUUUAUAUGAUCGCGAUGCAACUCAUGUACGUCACUUUUCGAUUUAUUUCAAUAAACAAAGGCUAGGAGCUAUUAUUAAUAAAAA